UCUUCUCUCUUUAUUUACUCUUGAGAAGAUGCAUUCCGAGUUCUUAACUACUCUUCUUCCACCUAAAUCAUCACCAAUUUCUCUAAUUCCUCUUCGGAAAUUCACUUUCUCUUCCAGAAACAGUUCUAGAAAAAAGUCCCGUCGUCUCAAUCUCGUUGCUCAGUCUUUUGGGAACAACUGGAAACUAAAUGAAAUCGACACCAUUUAUCUUUUUGUUUCUUUUUUCUUUGGGCUUAAAAUCAUAGGCGGGGUUCAAGAAAAAUGGAAUUUGUGGCUUGGAAACACCCAGAAUUUUUUGACUGAGGUUACUGCUCCACUUCUAAAGCGGGGGGAGACAAAUGACAUGACUGUUAUUGAGAAAGCCUCCUUAGAUACUAAGGCAAUUGAUGAGGUUUUUGUUGCUGAACAGACUAUUAACUCUACAACUCCAAAUGGGAAUCUAUCUUCUGUCGCUAUUUUUUCCAUUGAACAAUUCAGCAGGAUGAACGGGUCGACAGGAAAGAAAAUGCAGAAAAUCUACGAAGCCCUUGUUCCGGAAUCCUUGCGUUAUGAUGCUCGUUUUUUAGUGGAGUAUUGCUGCUUUAGAUUCUUGUCGAGGGAUAAUUCCGAUUUCCAUCCUUCCCUGAAGGAUCAUGCAUUCCGGAGGCUCAUUUUUAUAACUAUGCUUGCCUGGGAGUAUCCCUACAGUGAUUCUGAAGAUUCCCGUGCUGAUAUUUCGGAGACCUAUUUGAAGGGAAAGCUUGUCGGGGAAGAGGCUUUUUGUCGUCUGGCUCCUUCUGUUUCUGGUGUUGCUGAUAGGCCAACAGCCCAUAAUCUUUUCAAGGUUCUAGUUGGAGAUGGAAAUGGGAUGUCUUUCAGCUUAUGGAUGCAAUACAUCGAGCAACUUACAAAGGUGCAUGAAGGGCGAAAAUCACACCAGAGUCGAGACCCUGUUGAGUUCCCUAAUGAGCAAAUCUUAUGCAUUGGAUAUAGCAGAAAGCGACCCGUAUUGAAAUGGGAAGAUAAUGCAGCAUGGCCUGGAAAAGUUACAUUAACUACUGACGCAAUCUAUUUCGAGGCAAUUGGUUUGAAAGUUCAGAAGGAAUCUAUAAGAUUAGAUCUUACUAAGCAUGGAUCACAAGUGGUGAAAGCAAAAGUUGGACCUUUCGGCUCUGCACUUUUUGACUCAGCUGUCUCUGUUACGUCUGGUCCCGGGUCAAAACCUUUGGUCCUGGAAUUUGUUGAUUUUGGUGGUGAAAUGAGACGAGAUGUCUGGCAUGCUUUUAUUAGUGAAGUUAUUGCUUUACACGAGUUUAUACGGGAAUAUGGACCUGCUGAUGGUGAUGAAUCAUUGUCUCACGUGUAUGGUUCUCAUAGAGGAAAGAUGAGAGCCAUUACAAGUGCGAUUAAUUGUAUCACCAGACUGCAGACUCUUCAAUUUAUUAAAAAAUUGUCAGAAGAUCCAAUCAAACUUGGCCAGUUCUCAUAUUUACGAAAUGCACCUCACGGAGAUGUAGUUUUCCAGACUUUAGCCGUAAGUUUCUGGGGCGGAUCGUUGGUUUCAAAAUUUUCGGGGUCAGAUCAUCUUUUAGGUAUACAGUCGGAUAAUAUUUCUGGAAGUAGCUCUCAUGUGUUUGAUAUGGAUGGAAGUGUGUACCUGAAGAAGUGGAUGAGAUCUCCAUCUUGGGCAUCAAGCACGUCGGUUAUCUUUUGGAAGAACGUUUCUGCAAGGUCGGGGUUAGUUUUAAGUAAACAUCUUGUUGUUGCUGACAAGGCUCUUGUGGAGAGGGCAGCAAAACUCUGUAAAGAGAAAAGCCAAGUGGUCGAAAAAACACAGGCCACAAUAAAUGCUGCAACUCUGAAAGGGAUCCCCAGUAACAUUGACCUUUUCAAGGAACUUAUGCUUCCUCUCACGGUCGUUGCAAAGUUUUUUGAUGAUCUUAGACGUUGGAAAGAGCCACAUUUGACUGUCUCUUUUCUUGCGCUUGCCUAUACUCUUAUCUUUAGAAACAUGUUGUCAUAUAUCUUCCCUAUGACAUUGAUGGUUGCAGCAGUUACAAUGCUUCUAUUGAAAGGGCUUAAAGAGCAAGGUCGUCUGGGUAGAUCCUUUGGGAAAGUCAUAAUACAUGAUCAGCCAUCCUCAAACACAAUCCAAAAAAUAAUAGCAGUUAAAGAAGCUAUGCUUGAUCUGGAAAAUUAUCUCCAGAGUCUAAAUGUCACACUCCUCAAAAUCCGUACGAUUGUUCUAUCAGGUCAACCACAGAUAACAACUGAGAUUGGUCUGGUGCUGCUAACUGCUGCAAUCACUCUUCUACUCGUCCCUUUCAGAUACAUCCUUGCAUUUUUUCUUAUGGACCUAUUUACACGAGAGCUAGAGUUCCGUCGAGAAAUGGUCAAGAGAUUCAGGAGCUUUGUAAAGGAACGAUGGGAUACAAUCCCUGCUGCACCAGUAGUUGUUUUACCAUAUGAGAAUGGUGCUGAAACAUUGUCACCAAAUCCAACCAAGGAAACUGACAAAAAGGGGAGUCAGAAAUGAUUUAAUAGCCGAAAUUUGGCAUGGGAUCAAUACAGUCGAUGAUGAUCUCUGUGCCGUGUGCUCUCCCAGGGUUGUCCAGAAAUAAGCAUAUUUGAGACUUGUUGGGGCUUGCCACAAAAAUGACCCUGCUGUACAUAUACAUCCUUAUCCCACUGUAUCUGGAAAUUAAAUAGAUAGGCUUAUGUCCCAGUCGGUGUAAAUGCGCUUCAUUCUGGGUUACAGGUAAAAUUUUUGCUUUUUCAUCCCUUAGUUGUAGGUGUAAAUUGAUUCUUUUGGACAGGAUAAAAAGGAUUGUAUACAUGGAAAUCGUGAAAGAUAGUUAGGGUUGUAUUUAACUGUUAAUAAGCAUAUAGAAGAUGGUUGUACUUAGUCCCGGACUCCCAUCAUCAAAAAAAAAAAAUCCCGGACUCCGGCCCGGUUGUAUUAA